AUGGCAUCAAUGAAGCAAUUUGAUCGAUGUUGUAAUCCUUUUGGGCUGGAGUCUCAUUGUAAAAAAAUUGGUUUGCGUCCAGCGACUGACAUUAUGAAAGAAAUGUUCGGGUUGAGUAAUUAUUAUUUAUUAUGCAGUUUAUGUCGAAAAGAAGCUUAUAAGGUAGUUAAACAACAAACAAAUACUCGUGAUGAUCCUAAUGUUGAUUCAAGUGAUCACGAAGGCAACUCUAGUGACAGUAAUGAAAACGAUGAUCAUUUUGAUAGCGAUAGUAAUACAACUGCCACAGAUCUACCAUUAUCAUUAUCAUUCCGUUCUAUGUCAUUUGAUAACGAACCAAAAAAUUCACAACCAAGCUUGGCAUCUCAAGUUAGCGCUGCAACUCAGUUACCUGUAAUAAAUCAUGCAUUACAGCUGUUAAAUCAAUCACCAAUCCCAUCAAGGAAAUUAAAUGACAAUCAAUUUUUAAACAACAAAAUAAAUCAGAUAUCUGACAGCUUGAAAAAGGUUUUACUCUCUUCAACUGAUGAAGACCCGGUCGAUGAUGAUGGUGAAAAUUUUCGCGCUUUAAUAAAAUUACUGCAAGACAAAUUUAACGAUAAAGAAACGGAAAAAUCAUUGAAAAUACAGAUUUUAACAUUAUUACCUGAACAAUGGAGUGAAAGACGUAUUUCUGAAACUAUGAAUACAUCAAGACAUAUGUCAAGGGUAGCAAAAGCGUUGGUUGAAGAAAAAGGUCUACUUUCAGUACCUGAAUCAAAAUUAGGGAGAAAAAUUGCAGAUCAAGUGAAAUUGAAAGUUGAAAAUUUUUAUAAUGAUGAUGAGUACAGUGCUCCGAUGCCAGGUAUGAAAGAUUUUGUUUCAGUUCGAAAUGAUGAUGAUAAUCGAGUACCCGUCCAAAAAAGACUUGUCCUGUCUAACUUAAAAGAAUUAUACCAAUGUUUUCGGGAAAUAAACGCUGCAGAGAAAAUUAGAUCUGAACAAAAACAGUUUCACUGUAAAAAAUUACACCAAGUACACGUUCACAACUUUUGA